GCGGCGAGCAUCGCAAUUGUCGCGGUUGCAUAAAAUAAAUAUGGUUAAUCCGUUAGAGGCGAAUUUGUGUUCGGAAUGAGGCUUUGAAGUCCAUCCGAGCAUAACAACGCUACCAAAACAUCAUUAUUUAGCACUGGACAUUCACAUUAAGCCGAUGCUCAGUUACAGCAGGUGGGGUUGCUUGUAGGCUAUAAUUGCGUUUGGAUCCGGAUUUUGGAUUGGAUCUGCCUGUUCUUCAAACUCCAAGGAAUCCUUGAGAAAGGAUGACUACUACAUCAACAAGCACGGUAGCACUGGACUAAAGAUAUAACCACCUACUUCCUUCUCUCUCAUCUUGAGCCCCGCCCGCAAGCACCAUGGGUAACCGGGGAAUGGAGGACUUGAUCCCGCUGGUCAACAAGCUUCAGGACGCAUUCAGCGGCAUCGGUCAGAGCUGCAAUCUUGACCUGCCACAGAUCGCGGUAGUCGGCGGACAGAGCGCUGGCAAAAGCUCGGUGUUGGAGAACUUCGUUGGCAGGGACUUCCUGCCCCGAGGCUCUGGGAUCGUCACCCGCAGGCCCCUUGUCCUGCAGCUUAUCAGCGCCAAUGCAGAAUGGGCAGAGUUCUUACACUGCAAAGGGAAGAAGUUCACAGAUUUCGACGAAGUUCGCCAGGAGAUUGAGGCAGAGACUGACCGCAUUACUGGUGCCAAUAAGGGCAUCUCUCCCGUCCCCAUCAACCUGCGCGUCUACUCCCCACAUGUGCUGAACCUGACCCUGAUCGACCUGCCAGGCAUCACCAAGGUGCCAGUGGGGGACCAGCCAGCAGACAUCGAGCAGCAGAUCAGAGACAUGAUCAUGCAGUUCAUCUGCAGGGAGAGCUGUCUCAUCCUGGCUGUCACCCCGGCUAACUCUGACCUGGCCAAUUCAGACGCCCUCAAACUGGCCAAAGACGUCGACCCCCAGGGCCAGCGGACCAUAGGAGUGAUCACCAAGCUGGACCUGAUGGAUGAGGGAACAGAUGCCAGGGAGGUCCUGGAGAACAAGCUGCUGCCCCUGAGGAGAGGUUACAUUGGAGUGGUGAACCGCAGUCAGAAGGACAUUGAUGGGAAGAAGGACAUCAAGAUGGCUAUGGCUGCUGAGAGGAAGUUCUUCCUGACUCACCCGGCCUACAGACACAUGGCCGAAAAGAUGGGCACCCCAUGCCUGCAGAAAGUCCUCAACCAGCAACUGACCAACCACAUCCGUGACACGCUGCCGGAAUUCCGUAGCAAGCUGCAGACCCAGCUGCUGUCUCUGGACAAGGAGGCCGAGGAGUACCGGGGAUACCGCCCUGAUGACCCGGGACGGAAGACCAAGCAACUGCUGCAGAUGGUGCAGCAGUUUUCAGUCGACUUUGAGAAGCGUAUCGAGGGCUCUGGGGACCAGGUAGAUACUGUAGAGCUCUCUGGUGGAGCCAAGAUCAACCGCAUCUUCCACGAGAGAUUCCCCUUCGAACUGGUUAAGAUGGAGUGUGAUGACAAGGAGAUGCGGCGGGAGAUCAGCUACGCCAUCAAGAACAUCCACGGUAUCCGGACUGGCCUGUUCACUCCAGACAUGGCGUUUGAGGCCAUUGUGAAGAAGCAGAUAGUGAAGAUCAAGGAACCAUGUAUCAAGUGUGUGGACAUGGUCAUUCAGGAGCUGAUCAACACAGUGCGCCAGUGCACCAACAAGUUGGAUUGCUUCCCCAGACUGCGUGAGGAAACUGAGAGAAUUGUGACCUCACACAUCCGAGACAGAGAGAGUAGGGCAAAGGACCAGGUGUUGCUGCUAAUCGAUGUCCAGCUCUCGUACAUCAACACUAACCAUGACGACUUCAUAGGCUUUGCUAAUGCACAGCAGAGCAGCAAGCAGAGUAACAAGCAAAGUAAUGCUGCAAGCCAGGUCAGCCAGGUCAUCCGUAAGGGCUGGCUGACCAUCAACAACAUCAGUAUAAUUAAAGGCGGGGCUAAGGAGUACUGGUUUGUCCUGACCGCUGAGAGUCUGUCCUGGUUCAAGGAUGAUGAGGAGAAGGAGAAGAAAUACAUGCUCCCUCUGGACAACUUGAAGGUGCGCGACGUGGAGAAAGGGUUCAUGUCCAGCAAGCAUGCCUUUGCCAUCUUCAACACAGAACAAAGGAAUGUGUACAAGGACAAUCGUUUCCUGGAGCUGGCCUGUGACACUCAGGACGAGGUGGACAGUUGGAGGGCUUCUCUCUUGCGCGCUGGAGUCUACCCCGAAAGGUCUUCUAAUGUGGAAGGUGAAGGAGGCGGCUCAUCGUCCUCAUCCCAGGACAACUUCUCCAUGGACCCUCAGCUUGAGCGGAAAGUGGAAACCAUUCGGAACCUGGUCGACUCAUACAUGGCCAUCGUCAACAAGUGCAUCCGUGACCUCAUGCCCAAGACCAUCAUGCACCUCAUGAUCAGUAAUGUGAAGGACUUCAUCAACGCGGAGCUGCUGGCCCAGCUGUACUCGGCCGGGGACCAGGGUGCCUUGAUGGAUGAGUCCCAGGAGCAAGUCCAGAGGAGGGACGAGGUCCUCAGGACCCACCAGUCCCUGAAGGAGGCCCUGGCCAUCAUAGGAGACAUCUCCACCACCACCAUCUCCACCCCCAUGCCGCCGCCCGUGAACGACUGGCGCAGUGGAGGCGGCAACAGGUCUCCUCCAACCAGCCCCACUGGUUCUAGAAGGAUGUCAUCAGGCCAGCGCCCCAGUCCCGGAGGGGGGCGAGGGGCUCCAACCCCUCCUAACCGCCCAGGACCCCUGGGACCCUUCAACAACAGUGCUGACAGCCCCCAGGUCCCCAGCCGCCCCAACCGGGCCCCUCCCAGCAUCCCCAGUCGGCGACCCCCUCCUUCUCCAACAAGAAAUAUCCCCCCAUCAUAAGCAGUCAAAGGAGCUUGCGAUCUCUAAUGGGCCUAGUGCUCAUCCUCUAGCGCUCAUCCUUCCCCAUUCCCCCUAUCCUCCCCAAGCUCCUCUGCUAUCUAUCCUUGGUCUUUUUUCCCCCCCUAGGGCAGACAUUGAACCUUUGCUGGCCUCUGAUCUCACACCAGCUGACGAUCAAUGUCCAUGUAUCUAUGUAGAGUAUGGUGCUUGUCUUGUGGUGUAUAUAUUUGUAUGUGCGCUUGUGCUCGCCUAUGGUCCAGGUUUGCUUAGCAGAUCCAGUUCCGACUGCGUUCCAGACCCUAGAACUUCCAUCUCACUUACCUAGAACCCCCUUCUCGCCCUCCACCCACCUCCACCCCCACCUGCUGCUUCACUACAUAUCUAUGCUCAGCAGUGGCACUGCCCUACCCAUUCCAAACUGCAGCAUGGCACAUAGGCUGCUUUUAUUGCACAUUUGUGUGUGUAUGUGAGAGGGGGACAAAUGUGUCAUAUAUAUGACAUCAGUAUAUAUAGUUGAAGUUUACAUACACCUUAGCCAAAUACAUUUAAACUCAGUUUUUCACAAUUCCUGACAUUUAAUCCUAGUA